AUGUACCGUAUGUACAAAGGAAGAAUUGAGCUCGUUCCUUCCUCUGUUUCAGCUCCUGGGGCCACGGUCCAUAAACGUCAUGAGGGAAUCAAGGUCGAUGAACGUGAGAAGUCUCUCGAACAUGCCAUGAAAGAUAAGCCACUGAUGACUGGGACAGGAGAAGUCGUUAACGCGGAGAGUAGCGAGGGAAUGAAAAGGGAGGUUAAGACAGAGGAUGGGAAAAACAAUGAAACUCACUCUUAG